GUAAUUAUUCACGAGGACAGGCUCUUAGCUUUUGCCCACCCCUCGUCUCUGGGAAACGCUGCAUCCCUUUGGCCACUUCCAUCUAGCAGGCAGCGCGGAGGGGGAGUUGAGGUGACACAGCUAUUUUGUGUGAAAGUAAAGCAGAGCAACUCACAAGGGUCAGAUCUUUAAAGGGGGAGUAGCCUUUUUAUAGACAAGACUCAUUGAGGAUUGGGAUCUCUCCAGAGCUCCUUAACCUUAAAGGAGGCUGGGGUAAAUUUCCUCUGUGGAUAUAGCCUUACCUGGAAUUAUCUCCAGCCCACUGGAAAAGGGGGUUUAACCGGAUGCUUUGCUUUCUUGCUUGUUGCCAUACUGGUUGCAGGAGGCACAGCUGAUGCAGGGGGCAGUUUGCCUGCACAGCUGCACUCUGGAAGUGAGAACCUGAAGGCAUCUUGAAAUAGAAAUUCAAAAGAGGAGGAGGAGGAGGAGGAGGAGAGAGGAGGAGGAGGAGAGAGAGGAAGGGGUUUUAAGUGAGAGCAUUGGUAUGCCAGCCUCAAGACCGAGCAUGGCUGUGCAGAAGAAACAGAGUGUCAUCCCUCCGUCGCAGGGGCCACUUUCCAGGCGCAUCAUCGACGGCCAGAGGAAGGGGAAUGGAUCUGAACGAACGCCAGAGAAUGGCUCCUAUACCAAACCAAAUUCACAGGCAAAGAAAGCCGCCGCCUCUGUCAACAAGUCGGUCCAAAUCUGCAACACAGUGGCUAAUGGACUGAACAUCGACGAGAGGCUGAGAGCUGCACGAGAACGAAGGGAAGAGCAGGAGAAGUUGCUGGCCUCUCGAGAACUGAGCCGGUUGGAGCGGGAGCAGCGGGCCAGGCGCUACUAUCAAGAGCAAUUGGAGGAGCGCAGGAGGAAGCUCCUGGACCAGCGGCUCAAAGAGGAAAGGAGGCGCCAGGCGGUGGAAGAGAAGCGCAGGCAGAGACUGACGGAAGAGAAAGAGCGAUGCGAAUCUGCAGUACGCAAGACGCUGGAGAAGAGCAACAGGGCCCAACACAAUCUCGGCCCGAGCGCCAGAGGAAGGAAGCCCGCCAAGAACGUUCCACGCCGCUUACCACUGACAACGUGGGAGAAGAACCUGGUCAGUCGCCUCCUUACCCCCACUUGCUCUUAUCUGGCCAGGAGCAAGAGUGCUGGUUGUCAGUCAGGAGAAGAAGUUGUCCAUGUUUGUCGCCGUGCAGUUUCAUUCCACUCCAUGAACACCACUACCAACACCAACUCCAACACCACCCCUCACAAACCCCAGCACCCCCCUGGCUUAGUCCCGCAGAGGCCAUCUGCCUCCCCAAGUCCGAACAGCAGAAGCCUCAAUCUGACACAGAUCAAAGCAGCAAGACUGCACGAUGCCAAUAAGAAGAACUCAAACAGGGGCUCAAAUAUUAGAUCAACUCCCGUCUACACAAGUGUGAAACCAGCCAAGGUCACUCAGAGCAGAAAAGCCUCCCCCUCACCAGAUCGGGCUCCCCGAAGAUCAAGCAGCAGACAUUCAAUCACGCUGCAGCUCGAGCUCCCAUCGGUCCUGGAGGAAGAUGUCUCUGUGUGCAGCUCGGCCCUCGCCCCUGGUAACUCGAGGCCUGUCGGGACAUCAGCUGGAGGUCAGAAAGAGAAGACGAGGAAGGAAAAUCCAACCGUGACUUCUAGUGUGCACCAACGUGACACAGAGAUCAUAACCAGAACAGCGGGAGAGACGAGUCCUUCCCAGAAGCCUCCUCAUCGAGCUCCCCUGCCUCCUGAAGUUGUGAGCAGGCCCUCAGCCGGGACCACGGACCCAGAGGAGGCCUCGCGCCUCCUGGCUGAGAGGAGGAGAGAGGCCCGACUACAGCGGGAGAGAGAGGAGCGGGAUCGCCUGCAGCAAGAGGAGGCAGAGAGGCGGAGUCGUGCAGAACUGGAGCACAGGAGGGCCGAGGAGCGAGCGCAACAGCAGGCAGAAGCCCAGCGGCUCAUAGAGGAGAAGAGGAGACGGGAGGAAGAGGAGCAGAGACGAGCCGGGGAAGAGAGAGCUCAGGCCAUGAGGGAAGCCGCCCUUCUGCAGAAACAGCGGGAGGAGGAGGAAGCCAAAGAACGGGCAGAAGCGGAGAAGAUCAAACAAGAGCGAGAGAUGCUCGCGCAGAAAGAAGAGGCAGACCGCCAAGUGAGAAAAAAGCGACUUGAGGAGAUCAUGCGGAGAACCAGAAGGACAGAUUCUCCAGAUACGAAGUCUGUGCCGGGAAGGCCCUCACCCAGUGAAGCCCAACCAAAGGAAAACACAGAGCCUGCGCACAAUGGCACCAUAGAGCAUGUCGUCAAGCUGCCAGUGGGCACCAAGUCCUCGCAGCUGGGGCUGGGCAACGAGGAGGACGCGGUGCCUGUAGUGGCCUUCAAAGAACGCAGGUCCCUGCGAGCGCUCGCCGGCCUGGAGGAAAUCCAGACGCACCAACGAGCAGAGGUCAUCUGAGCGAAGUGGGCGGAAGUUCGCAGACUUUGUUGGAGCACUGCGAUUUCUCUGUGAAAUAGAGGAAUGCCUGCAGCGCAGUCAGUUUGCUGCCCUUCAGCACCUCAGCCUUUGGUCACUUUCCCCUGUGUACACAGUGGCACAAUUGUUGGGCAAGUUAGAUAUGCAUUUAUUUAGUACAGCAGGCCACUGAACUAGUAAUGACCAUCCAAAACAACCAUAGAUGGAGACCACAGUCCACAUCUACGGAGUUUAUCGGUUGCUGAAGGUCGCGCCUCUGUGGAAUACUAGGAAUAGCCAUUUUAACAAUCACGACAUAUGUAAGCUGUAUGCUUUUUUGCUUAUUCCUGACCUUUCUUGCCAUCUAAGCACUUUCCUUCCUCAGUUUUGUCACUGUGGAAUUAGAAUAGCUCAAGUCACUGUUUGCGCCAAGAGUUUAGGAUGUUAGUGAAAUUGAUUUUUCCGACACAAAUUCCCAUCUAACACUUUGUGAAGUAUAGCAAUCACAUAUUUCCAAAGCUGCUAAGGACUUGGUCCCCAAAGAGAUUGCUUCAGUUUUGUGAGUGGUGUCUUAGUAAAAUCCAAUGCACAAAUCGUAUAUUGCACUGACUGUUGCUUUGUUUGACAUCGCGCAAUCAAUUCACAAGGCAAAGUUUGAGAUGUAAAGGUUAAGUGAGUUUAUUAUAAUAAAAGCAUAUAAAAAAACAAAUAUAUCUGAUCAUCAAUAUUUGAUCCUGUAGUAUAAAUAUUGCUUAUUGCUUUCACUUGUUAACCUGUUGAGUCAAAAGUCCAAAAUAUGCCAUAUUUGAUUAAAGUUGAUACUAUGCUG